CUUAUUCAGCUUGUUGUAGUACAGCCGCGAGUACAUGUAGACGUUAACAGGUCUAUUCCCCACGUGUCGUGACGUAGCACUGUUUUGCCACCUACUUUUAGGCAAUUGGUGUAGCUACCCUCAGGUCGAUAAAACUUCGCCAUUCGACGACUCAUCGAACUGAUUUCUUUUUUCAAAUGGUUAAAAAGCUAUCGCUAGCAGGUAGCUAUAUCAGCAAAUUACUUGAAGCUUUCAAGCAGCAGCCAACAAGUCAGCCAGGUUGGCUAGAACUCCAAAACAAGAACUAUUACAACCGUCCUAACCCUGAACGAAACUCUCAUGAAUCUUACCUUAAGUUGUACGGAGAAUUUGGGCCACCUGUCCAAGAGUAUGAAUGGUGGGCUGUGAUUAUGGCCAAUCGAUUAAGUGCCUUAGAGACGAAGAGCGGCAAGACUGUAAACACACAUAUGAUGCUAUUGAUACGGCAGGUCAAGGAUGACAUAGCUAAGGAGCUUAAUGACUUGUGGUCAGCGGAUGACACCAAUUAUAUAUUGAGCAAAACUGACGUUGUGCUCGUGGAUGGUAGCAGAAUUAUCUCGAAUGAUUGUAGAGAGGAAUGGACACAGCAAGAUUUAUCCGAUCUCAACAGCAAAUUCUGUGGAUGUGUCAUAGACAUGCUGGUACUACAUGGAAUUGUUGCAUCACCUUUGGACGCUGGUGACUACCAUCACCUAGGAUUGUAUGUAGACAUAGGAAAUCAUUUCGACUACGACCCAGACCACUGGUCCUUAUAUGUCAGCAUAUUAGUCUCUCGAUAUAUAGUCUCGAAGAAUUGGUCACGCAUCAUAGAGCGAGUCCAAGGCGUGAUCAGUUUUGCUACUGAUAUGAAUAUAAAUUCUACGCUUAAUGUGCCCACAGAAACAUUUGCUUACCGUUAUAUGGAGCAGAUUAGCAGGAAAAGUAUCGUUACGCCUUGGAACUGGGCCCUAAAUUUCGAUAUAGCAGAUAUGGCUAUCUCUUGGCCUGGGAGUAUGUACAUAAUGACGAUAUUAUGUUUCGGAGAUCCCACAAGACCGCUAAUAGCAGCAAUAGCAAACGAAUCUCAAUAUUGGCCUCCACCAACAACAGAAAUGAAGAUGAAUUCGAUGUUUGAUAGACGAGGGUUCUACGUAUCAGUUCGUACCUUUACUUACCCGCUACUACUGGUGCUUGUGAUAAUCGAGCUGUUCGUACUGGUUGGAGGUAUUAGCAAAUGGGAGCCUAUGGUCAUCGAUGGUGUAGACCCCACAUCCUUAGCAUCUCUAGUAAUUGUGCUAGAAGGGCUACUCUUAGCUUUCGUAGUGGCAACUUUCCACGAUAAUUGGUCAUGGUAUGACAUGGUUCGGGGCCAAAUUGUCUAUGAAAACUACUACGAUCUACCGGCUGUUGUCAAAAAUAACAGCUACGCAGUUGACGUGAUAACCCAGGCGAUGUCAAACAGAGAAGCAUGCAAGCACAUUCUGUCAAGUUACGGUUCAUGCGUCACGGGCAUCACUGGUGAUGGUACUGUUACUCUGCCUGUGCUCAACGACGACGUACUUUUAGCCGACACCCCGUUUCUGACUGUUGCAAAUGAAGAUUCUUCUCUGCUGAUCGAUCUCAGAGAGAGAGGGAAAGAAAUACACUUACUUAAAGGCGCGUAUAAUGGAAACCGAACAUUACACUUCGAUCAACAAGUGGAAACUGUGAAACUAUCUGACAGCGGUCCUUACGUGUCAAUUCCGUUCAAACUAAGAGUAGGUUCUUCUCUAGGCUUCGGUUCACCGCGGCUGGAAAUGCUUGAUUUACUCAAGGGAUCUGCGCUCAACACAGACGACAAACUCAGACUGGCACUCCAAUACCAACGGGUCUAUAGGGAUUCUAAGAAAACAGAUGGAUGUGAUACGUCAAUUACUGCAGCCACUAACUAAAAUUUAAUGGGAAAGCUGAUCACGACUAGAUUGAUGGUGUUAAAGAAGAGUGCGUUGAGGCCGGAGAUGUGAGGCUGUUUAGUAUUCAACCGACGGUCAUUUUCUUUGCGAUGAAAUUUGACAGUCUCUACCGUUGACUCAACGAGAGUAGUUGACUAUAUUCUAAAUGUCCGCGUAACGUAAAAUCUCAGUGAUUAUUUUUGUUAUUCUUUUGUUGAACGAUUUAUGACUUAUUUAUAUAUUUAUACAACAAGGUAGUGCGUAGCAUAUACUUAAUUAUUAUUUAUAUAAUAACCAAGGAUUAUUAUUAAGAUUGGUGCGGAGCGGUAGUAUCAAGUGCGCAACCCUGGCC